AUGAAUACUGAGAACAAUAGUAGCGGAAAUGAGAGUGAAGUAGUAUCUAGACAGAAUGAAUCAAAAAAGAGGAAAAAGUACGGCAGAAUGAGAGAUGUCAUGAAAAAGAUUAGACUGCAGAGCCACGAGGUAGGUGCAAACUGUAACUGUCCUAAACAAUGUUUUCAAAAUGUACCUGAAGAAGCAAGAAAAACCAUCUCAAGAAUUUUAACGCAAUGA